CAUUGGAAAAGCACAGUAGUGGCUUCCCAUUUACUUCAAUGUCAGUUUGCUGCUAAUGGGUGUGAGUAAAUUGGAUGUAUUAUAUAGAAAACUUCUCCUCACUAAACUCUUCAUCAGAGGAUGGGGAAAGCCAGAAGAUCUGAAAAGAAUAUUUGAAUUCAGAAAGAUUAUUGGAAACAGGGAAAAAUGUCAGAGGCUGGUUUCGAAAGAUUACCCAGUAUUCAUCGACAAGGUUGAGGAGCAGUCAGACUGUAAAAUCCUUGAGGGUCACUUUAUUUCCCCUUUGGCUCACUAUGUUCCAGGUAUCCUGCCAGUUGAAUCUCUUAUAGCAAGAUUUCAGUUCAUUAUACCCAGAAGAUGGAACAGCAAACACAGACCAGUGUGCAUUCAUUUAGCGGGCACUGGAGACCAUCACUUCUGGAGGAGACGCACAUUAAUGGCCCGCCCAAUGAUUAAAGAAGCUUGUAUGGCUUCUCUACUGCUAGAAAAUCCUUAUUAUGGCUGUAGAAAACCUAAGGAUCAAUUGCGGUCGUGUUUAAAAAAUGUCUCGGACCUGUUUGUGAUGGGAGGAGCUCUUGUUCUAGAAUCGGCAGCUCUUUUGCACUGGCUAGAAAGAGAAGGCUAUGGACCACUAGGGAUGACUGGAAUAUCCAUGGGAGGACAUAUGGCUUCACUGGCAGUGACAAAUUGGCCUAAACCGUUGCCAUUGAUUCCAUGUCUUUCCUGGUCAACAGCUUCUGCUGUCUUCACCACGGGUGUGUUGAGCAAGGCCGUGAACUGGAGAGAGCUAGAAAAACAGUAUUUUACACAGACUGUUUAUGAAGAAGAAAUCAUUCAAAUGCUUGAAUAUUGUGGAACAGAUUCCUUCAAAAUGGGACAAGAUUUUGUUAAAAACUUCCCUGACAGUGUAGGUAGUCUAGGGGACAUAGACCUGACUUCUGGAAUGUUCAACUUUGAGGAAUCAAACAAAACUGUAUCUAAUGAAGCUGGUCACUGCUUUACCACAAAUAAAAGUACUCUAAGUGCCUCAUCAGAAAGACUCUUAAUACAAGAUGCUUCUAAAAUGCAAUGUAUAAAUCAAACAUUUUCAACCAGUAGCAAUAGCAAUAAAAACUUAACCUGUCAGCAAGGACACAAGAUAAAUGAAAGAAGAAAGAGUGACACUUUACAGAGGGAAUCGCUCCGCUUCAUGAAAGGAGUUAUGGAUGAAUGUACCCAUGUAGCCAACUUUUCAGUUCCAGUUGACCCAAGUUUAAUCAUAGUUGUGCAAGCGAAGGAGGAUGCAUAUAUUCCUCGAACUGGGGUGCGCAGUCUUCAAGAAAUCUGGCCUGGAUGUGAAAUCAGGUAUCUGGAGGGAGGUCAUGUCAGUGCCUAUCUCUUCAAACAAGGACUCUUUAGGCAAGCUAUUUAUGAUGCAUUUGACCGUUUUCUUCAGAAAUAUGCUGUUUAGCGGUCUUUAUGAAGUAUUCAAACUGAUCUCGCUUGUACUUCCCUGUAUUGGAAUUUUGUGUUUGAAAAAUAAGGCUCUUGUAAAGUUAAAUGGAUGGUCACUGACUCUGAAUGUUGUAGCUAACAAGUAUCAAAAAUGGUAAAGUACCAAUAUUGGUUUCAUUUAAACUAAAUGAUGUUCUGACAUGCUUGCUUCAGCUUUACCUGUG